AUGCGAAGAAACAAAGUCCCAGGAAGAGGAUGCAUGGCUGAGCGUCUCAAAUCAGCGAUUAUUUCCAAAGAGCCAGCGGCACAGUUGCAUCUGCGACACGUUUUUAUAUCCUUAUUUUGUACAAUUUCAGUGAACGUUAGUCAUUCUCUUACGGAAACCUACGCUGAUAUCUUGCCGGUUAGAGAUCAGUCAUCAAUUUCCGCGUUUGUGAGUAUCAUGAGAGGUUGUGACAACAUGUGCAGUUUUUGCAUUGUCCCAUUCACACGAGGUCGAGAACGAAGUCGCCCUGUGAACUCUAUACUUGAUGAGGUCAAAAAACUAAUAGACCAGGGAGUGAAGGAAAUAACGCUGUUGGGUCAGAAUGUGAAUAGCUACUGCGAUACGGCUACUACAAAUCUGACGAACGAAUCUGUCAUGCACCCUUCAUCUGUAUUGUCACCUGGCUUUUCGGCAAAAUAUAAGCCGAAAACCAAUGGUGUUCGUUUUGCUGAGCUUCUGGACAGAGUUUCGGCCGUUAAUCCGGAGAUUCGAUUCAGAUUUACCUCACCGCAUCCUAAAGACUUCCCCGAUGAGCUUUUGCAGAUCAUGAAGGAACGAACUAAUAUUUGUAAACAUAUUCAUUUACCUGCGCAAAGUGGAAGCGACGCGAUGCUCAGCUCUAUGAAGCGUGGGCACAAUAGAGAGGCUUACCUUAAUCUCGUCGAAAGGAUUCGCAGCAUUAUUCCAGGUGUAACGCUGUCCAGUGAUUUCAUAACCGGCUUCUGCGGCGAGACUGAAGACGACCACCAACAGACGCUGGAGUUGAUGAAUGCCGUUCGCUACAAUUAUUGUUUCGUUUUCAUGUACAGCAUGCGAAAGAAAACUAACGCUUUUUACCACCUAAAAGACGAUGUGCCUCUUGAGACGAAGAAGCGAAGGCUGGAGGAACUGUCACAGACAUUCAGGAAAUGCGCCCUUGAGAUCAACCGCUCUCUGAUAGACACUGAGCAGCUGGUGCUUGUUGAAAAGACAAGCAAGCGUUCUGCCAGUGACUGGAUGGGUCGUAAUAAUGGCGGAAUCAAGGUUAUUUUACCCAAAUGCGUCCUACCUGAUAAAAGGUCUGGUGUGAAGGAGGUGGAGCCUGGAGAUUACGUCGCAGUGAAGGUAAUAUGA